UUUUCCAGGAAGAGUCUCUCCGAUAAGUUAGAGGGAAAAGCGGGGGUGAGAGUAUACAGAUGAAGGGAAAGAGGACAGGUGGUGUUGUGGUUGGCGUGUAUAUAACGUGAUCUGUGGCGGGGGACUCCACAAGUGACUCAAGGACACCUAGAAGAGUUACCGAUACAGGUGAAACCACACACCUCGCCACACGUGAGAAUGAAGAGCCUUCUGCUUGGCGUGGUGCUUCUGGCGUUGGUGAGUCUUGUUGCUGCCCAAACUGGGAGUCCUUGCCCUGCAGCAGUAAACGCCCAGUGCCCAGCGAUUGGCGGGGGACAGGCAGUAUUCUUCGCUCAUCCCAAUGACUGCUCCAAGUACUGCGAGUGCGUGCAGCUAGGGCUGGCUUACGAGCUGUCCUGCUCUACUGGGCUGCUGUGGGAUGACAUCAGGGAUACGUGCAACUGGCCCGAUUACGUGGACUGUGGCUCUCGUCCCAAGCCGUAGAGGGCAGGAAGCAGGAAAGAGUGACUCUAUGCAAGAUCAGCCACGACAGGUUCACUGCAGACAUGUUAUAUGCUUUGCGAAAUAUUUUAUUGGUGUUGACGUAUUUCACAAUAAAUGGUGGUUCGUAA